AUGCUUAAUGGACACAAGCUGUCAAGGUCUGGCAGUAACCAGUCCCAACCAAAAAUAUUUCCCCAUGGGACUGGGUCAUCAGAUUCCAGCUCUGCUCUCACAGUGGAAAAUGUGAAAAGGCUGGAAAAGGAGUACAUGUCUUCUAAAGAAGCCUUCAAGAAGCAGCGAAUACAGAAUUAUAUUGAGCAGGCUAAUCUUGCUCUCUUCAGCAAAGAGACAACUAGGAAAACCAGCACAGAGCUUGUCCCGGAUGCAGGGCCUGAAGAAGCCUCCUCACCCCUUCCUGCAAAGCCAAGCAAAAGUUGCAAAGCAAUUUGUCGGAAGACCUCUGAAGAAAUUUCAAGGAAAGAUAAGCUACUAACAGCACCAGAGAUUGUUUCCCCAUCACCUCAGACCGCUGGCUGUAAGCCAAAGGAAUCCAAAUGGUGUGUAGACAGCUCUUCUGUCUCAUGCUACAGCAGAAGGCAGGACAUUGAGGACAAAAUGACCCAGACUGAGUGGAGCUAUUUCAAUGAGUCCCUGGCUGCUGCUAGCAAUGUUCCUCUCUCCCUGCCUCCUGCAGUCCUGGGGUUGCCCCUUUUCUUCGGCACCUGCACUUCACUUACACAAACAGCCUUGGUCCUCAGUGCAGCUUGCACAGGUCUUCUGACCUAUGGGACACCACUGUGGAAAGGCCCAGCCAUGGAGGUGCUCUCCAGUGACAUCAAGGUGUAACCUGAAGCAGGAGAGAGCAAAGGGACAGCUGGAAGUGGCGAAGACUCAGAGGCUGAGGAUGGAGAGGAGAAUAACCAAGCAAGACUAUAUGAACAAGAAUAUCGCAUGAUUGACUGGGGACAUCACAGGGCAGAGUGGAUUAGCCUUUGCCAUCAGCAUCAGUUAUAUGUCAUUACUGCAUCAAAGCAGCGGGCGUGGGCGAGCCGCUUCCCUCCAGGCAGCUCUGGAGGUGGCUGGCACUGCUGCUCUUCUGAGACCGUAAGAUAGCUUUAUCCGGAUGGGCAGAGUUUUUUUCUCCCAUUCCAAGAGGGGUCAGGCCUAGUCUGUUACCCAUCAGCCAGUGUGGCUCUUCCCAUCACAUUCACGGAGGAAUCCCUGUUCACCCAUUGCAUCCUGGAGGACAGCAGGUCCUUGGGAGCCUAUGGUGUCUGUUUUGACCCUAAUGGUCACCUCUGGGCCACCCUGAACCCCUGCACUGGGAUCUACUUGGACCAGGCAGGAUCCAGCCAGAAGUGCUGGCAGUGGCAUGACUUCAGCUACCACACUCACAGCCCUCCUUUCCAAUCCAUCACCAUGAAACUGAACAGCCACAUCACCAUUAAAAUCCUGGCUCAGGAUCAAAGUGACUUAUCCUUUGCCAGCUGAACAUUAGUGUUUUUCUCUUUGCAUUUGAAAGACUCAGAGACAACUCACCUACUUAAGCAGCCAGAAAGAGAGGAGAUCUUUUUUCAGUUUAAAAAGAUUCAACUCAGGAGCCUGCUGUUGCAGUGCUUUUGGCAGCCCCUCUCUUAG